AUGGCAGAAGAACACACCUGGAACAAACUUCACCACGGCUUUCUAACAUUUAACAGCAAGUCUCCUCGUGUACAUGUCUUGUCUGACGACACAGAAUUCGAUCGCGUAUUUCUCAAACAUCUUCGACAGGAGGGAUUUAAUGUGACAUACAUUCCUUCCACAGGAGACAUCAAAGAUUUCAAAUGGACAGUACAGCAUUUCUCAGAUGAUCUAGAAUUAGGUCAGAACUAUGCUAUAAUAGCAUUCGGUGAAGCGGCAACUCACAUCCUCACGCUCGCCCAAAAACCUCUUCCUCAUUGCAUGUCUUUGACUUGCUACUACCCUACUGCUCUGCCGUCUCCAAAGCACAAAUAUCCUGUUCAUCUCUCGUUGCUUUGUCAUCUUGCUUCUAUUCAACCUUUUGGCGCUUCGACUUUCAAGACCUAUGUGUAUCCUGAUACAUAUCCAGGAUUUGCAGAGAGAGAUUUGGAAGAAUAUGAUAGAGUUGCCGCAGGAUUGAGUUGGAGCAGGACAUUGGGAGCAUUGAGAAAAGGGUUUGGCGUGGAGGUUGAUUUAGAAGGUGUUGUGGAUGAAUGGAAUAAGUACAGGUUCGAGGAUAAAGAUGCUAAGAUGGCAACGUUUAUGUUGAGCCAGGUGCCCUAUGUCAACGCCGUGCCUACUAUGACAGGUGGCAUCGGACGAGACGAGCUCGAUCGUUUCUAUCGAAAUGUCUUUCUUCCCGGCAAUCCACCAAGUCUCAAAUUGCGUCUACUCAGUCGCACAAUUGGUGUUGAGAAAGUGGUGGACGAAAUGAUCGUCUCGUUCAGACAUACACAGGCGGUACCUUGGAUACUGCCAGACGUCCCCCCGACGAACAAGUCGGUUGAAGUGGCUGUGGUGUCUAUCGUCAGCAUCCGCGGCGGCAAGUUAUGGCAUGAGCAGUUGUACUGGGACCAAGCAAGUGUGCUGGUUCAAAUAGGAUUGCUCGAUCCCAAACUUGUGCCUGGUGACAUGAAGAGGAGGGGUCUCCAAAGACUUCCCGUGACUGGCAAAGAGGCAGCGGAGAAAGUGCUGGACGAAAGCAGCCAUUCAAGCAAUGACUUGAUCUCUGCGUGGGGCGAAGAUGAAUCUUGA